AUGAAGACCUUCUUUACCAUCCUGAUUACUCUUAUCAUCUGCCUUUCCGCCGAGGCUUUCACAACCUCUACUACCACCAACGCGGCAGCACUUCCUCCAACCCAAGCUUCUUGGACGACCUCCUCCUCUACUAGUCUGCAAAUGACAGUCUUGAGCUACAACGGUAAAAAGAAGGAUUUCAAGGCCGGAUCCCCAUUAAAGACUGCCGUUGCACAGUUGGGUGUCAAGCCAAGAUAUUCUUGCAAAAAGGGAGAAUGUGCCACUUGUCAAAUCAGUUUGGCCGGUAGAAUGACCAAACCCUGCGUCGCCAAGGUCCCACCAGAACCCACUUUGAAGUCUCUCAAGGAGAAGGGAUUGGAAAUCAAGGCCUAA